AUGUGCGCGCGCCGCCCACCCUCCCACGCCCGGCGAGCAGGCUUUGUCGUGGUGCGCGACGCCGGCCCGGCCGCCCCAGAGGUCAGGCGGCAGCGCGUCUUCGAAAAGGCCCUGGACGCCGCCGCCACGUCGCCGUUUGCGCGCCUAGCGCCGCGCUGGGUGCUGGCCGGCCUGGGCGCGGGCGCGCGCGUGGCGGCGGUGGUGGGGGCGCGGGCGCGGAGCAGCGUGGUGGCGCAGGUGCUGGUGGCUUACCCUCUCGCGGCCCCCAUGCCCACCAUCAAGGGCAGCCAGAUGCCGGACUCGUGCAUGCCGCUGCUGCGCGUGUCGGUGCCGACCCUGCUGGUGGCGGGCGACGCCGACGCGGCGUGCCCCGUCGCGGCGUUGCGGACGGCGGUGCGGGCGAUGGCCAGCCCUGACGUGCGGCUGGUGGUCGCACAGGGCGUCGACGGCUCCCUGAGUGCGCCAGGCGCAGAGCCCCCAGGGCCUGUCUCCGCGCCGCUGGCCGCGGCGCUCGCAGCAGCGGUCCUGGAAUUCGUUGCAGCGGCGGCGGCCGGGCGCCUCGACACGUGCGGGCUGCAGCGGGCCAAAGGCCCGGACGACGGCCCGCCGGCCGGCGGGGGGCUGGCGGCGCUGCAGGCCGCGCACGUGCGCAUGCAGGAGGAGGACGCUCUGGCUUACCAGCAGGGCCCUUCAGGCCUACUCCCAGCAGAAGGCGAGGAGGCAGUGGCGGGUCCAGCGGCGGUCCCACCGCCGUCAGGCGGCGGCGGUGCCGCAGUCGGGCACACCAGCGGCAGCGGCGGCGGCGCGGCCGAGGGCGCGACUGCGGAUGCGCAGCGGCGGGAGCAAGAAGCGCCGGCCGGCGGAGCCGCGCAGCAGUCGGAAGCGGGGCAGGCGGCGGCCGAAGGCGACGCGAUGGCCGAGUGA